AUGAAGCUCAAGUCAUCAGUAUCGACCUUAUUAGGCAGCUUAUUCUUCUUGAGCCUGUCAUGCGUUGUCACAUCAGCAUUUGUCUUUGAUUCGCUACUACGCGGCCUCCACCAGAACAUAUUCGCCCGCAGCUUGCCAGGCUCCCUCGCAUUCGUUCCAGAAGAGGCCAUAGGCCGCUACCAACCUCCACCAGGGCCAAUUCAAUACGAUCCUAUACCUGCGAACAAUCCCAACAUUCCGGAUGCUCCUGCAAUGGCUUCGACAGCCGGGGACCCAGGUGACGACGAGCUUGGGUUUGGGUCUAGGGCAGCCAUGGCAGCUACAGAAAGUCAGGCUGACUCGGAAGAGGCUAAAACACAUAUUCCGUCCGCCUCGGAGAUGGAUGCAAUGAUAGCCAAGGCUCAGACAGCAUCAGCCAGCAAGAAAGUUGUGCGCUCGCUGGCGGGCUUGGGAGCGUCGAUGCUUGUGUCGUUCCUGCAUUCAUGA